AUGGCUGCCUCGUCGGACGACGAGCCCGCCGACUACCUCGGUCUGGGGGCCGAGGUGGUCGCGGCGGCCCUCGCGGCGGCCGCGCCGCCGCCAGGGCCAGCCGCAGCCCCGGCGGCGCUGCGGGGGCCCCGGCGGCGCCCCAGCUUCGGCGGCUCAGGCGGCAGGCUGGGCGCGGGCCACGCUGCGGAGCGCAGCGUGGAGGCGCACCACGCCGUGUGCGCGGGCAUGCGGGCUGCCAAGGCAGAGCGGCGGUGCCGCGCCAAGGACGACGCGGUCAGGGCCACGUUCGACGCCGCGCAGGCUGUGUGCAGGAGGCCGUCGGACCUGCCCCUUGUGCUGUCCUCGAGCGGCGCCCUGGCGGUCAAGGACGACGACGAGGUGUGCGCCAGGGCCUCCGCCAGCGAGAUCGUCGCAGUGGCUUUCUCCCGCGGGAGUCGCAGCCGAGUGGCCGAGGUCCACGAUCGGUCCGCAGGCACUGUGGACAGUCAUCGCAUCCUGGCCGCGGCGGCCAUCCACCGCGCCAAUGACAUCUGGCUGCGGCGACUGCGGGAGCGCGUCGUUGAGGAUCGCCCAUUGUGUGUCAUCAGAUCGUUGGCUUGGGACGAGACGACCGAGCGGCUCGCCCUGCCGCUGUGCCCCGAGGCAUGCCCAGACGUUUCGGUCAAGAGCAGUUGGCACGUCUUGGUAAGUUGCGAUACGAUGUCCGUCAUAUACCCGAAUUUCUCAGCCGGGUUUGCCUUCAACCGGCCCGUGAUCCCGUUGGCGUCGACGUCUGCGAGUGCCAUCUCGGCUGGCCUGUUCGACGCGCCACCCGUCCGGAAGUUCACGGAAACGGCCCGCUCGAUGUCCGACGCCUCGCCCCCGUUCGGCAACAUCCUGCAUUUUGACAGGGACGGGGCUUCGGCGAACACCAAGCUGGUCGCUGACCAUCAGAUGCAUCACGCUGCACGCGGGCCUUCCAACCUGAGCAGCGACAUGUCGUGCGGCUCGCAUCGCACCAACUUGUGCGAGUGCGCCGUCAUCUCUGGCGGCGCACCGGAGAGGGGGCAUGGGUGA